CUGGGAGGCGAGGGUCCGCCAGCUGGUCCUCCUCUGCGAGCAAGUCGGGGACCCGAACAGAACCGAGCGCCGAGCUGUUCCAGCUGCAGACUGAGGGGGGCGUGGCGCGCAGGUAAACACUGAACGCGUAGACGACACGGGGACGCGCGUUUUUAUUUACUCCUCUUCCUCCGCGGGGAAGAGGAGGAAGAGAGCACAGCUCGUGAUGGGACACGAACCGCGAGGAUGAGCCACAGAACCAGAACCAGCCCGAUCCGAGCCUACGACUUCCUGCUGAAGUUCCUGCUGGUGGGAGACAGCGACGUGGGGAAGGGGGAGAUCCUGGAGAGCCUGCAGGACGGAGCGUCCGAGUCCCCGUACGGGUACAACCUGGGAAUCGACUACAAGACGACGACCAUCCUCCUGGACGGGAGGCGAGUCAAGCUGCAGCUCUGGGAUACAUCCGGACAGGGUCGGUUCUGCACCAUAUUCAGAUCCUACUCCAGAGGAGCGCAGGGAGUAAUCCUGGUGUAUGACAUCACCAACCGCUGGUCCUUUGACGGGAUCGACAGGUGGAUYAAAGAGAUCGACGAGCAUGCACCAGGAGUGCCCAAGAUCCUGGUCGGGAACCGCCUCCACCUCGCCUACAAGCGUCAGGUGACUACGGAGCAGGCGCAGGUGUACGCCGAGAAGCUGGGCGUCACUUUCUUUGAGGUGAGCCCGCUCUGCAACUUCAACAUCACUGAGUCGUUCACGGAGCUCGCCCGCAUCGUCCUCAUGAGGCACGGCAUGGAGCGCCUGUGGAGGCCCAACAAAGUGCUGAGUCUUCAGGACCUCUGCUGCCGCUCCAUUGUCUCCUGCACCCCUGUCCACCUGGUGGACAAGCUGCCCCUGCCCCACACCCUCAAGUCCCACCUCAAGUCCUUUUCCAUGGCCAACGGUCUCAACGCUCGCAUGAUGCACGGACGCUCCUACUCCGUCACCGCCGCYGCCACGGCCGCUCACCACAGCGCUGCCAAGAGGAGUGGAGGGACGCUUCUUAAAAAGCCAAAACUGAUCCGACCACCGCCGCUCAGUGAGAGUUCUGGACAGGUGAGUGAGGUUCAGGUGAGGAGGUCCAAAGAAGACUGGAAGUGA